UGUAGUGCACAUAUACUAAACCUCAUUGUUCAAGAGGGUUUGGGGGUGGCUAGUGGUGCUUUGAAAAAAAUUAGAGAGAGUAUAAAAUAUGUAAGAGGAUCGGAAGCUAGAAAGAUUGCUUUUAAAGAAUGUGUGCUUCAAGUGAGGGGUAUUGAUACUAAGGUGGGUUUGAGAAUGGAUGUGCCCACUAGAUGGAAUUCCACUUAUGUUAUGCUUGAUAGUGCAAUUAAAUACAAACGUGCAUUUGGUUGUUUGGCUAUUCGAGAUAGGAAUUAUGUUCAUUGCCCAUCAGAUGAUGAGUGGAAUAGGGCUGCAAGAAUGUGCGAGUUCUUGAAGCCUUUUUUUGUCAUGACAAAUUUGAUAUCAGGCUCCACUUAUCCAACAUCUAAUCGGUACUUUAUGCAAGUUUGGAAAAUUGAAAAAUUGUUGCGUGAAUUUGUUAUGUGUGAAGAUCUAGUGAUUAAAGAGAUGGCUUCAAAAAUGAUGACUAAGUUUUCAAAGUAUUGGCAUGAUUAUUGUGAGAUUCUUGCCAUUGGUGCUAUUCUUGACCCACGAAUGAAGUUUGGAGCUAUUCAGUUUGCUUAUAGAAAAAUUGAGCCUUCAACUUCUGAAGAGAAAAUUAGUGCUUUAAGAAAGAAAAUUUAUGAACUGUUUGAAGAGUAUGAAAAAGUAAAAUCAAAUGAGUCAAAUGCUUCAACUUCUAAUGUGUCUCUUCUUCCACCACAACCAAUUUCAUAUACAGAUGAUGAGCAAGUACUUGAUACCUUUGAUGAAUAUGUUGAUUAUUUGAGCCAAAAUGCUACUGCUAAUGGAAAAUCUGAAUUGGAUCUAUAUUUGGAGGAAGGAAAUCUUGAUCCAAAGUUUCAUGAAAAGUUAGAUGUGUUAGCUUAUUGGAGGGAUCGUCAUGAUCGUUAUCCAAACCUCUCUCGGAUGGCUUGUGAUGUGCUGAGUAUUCCAAUCACUACAGUUGCUAGUGAAUCUGCUUUUAGUCUUGGGUCUCGAGUGCUAACUAAGUAUCGCUCUACCAUUCUUCCUGAAAAUGUAGAGUUACUUAUUCUAACUCAAAAUUGGUUACAUGGUUUUGAAGAAUUAGAUGGAGAUAAAAUGGAUGUGCAAAGAGAAGAAAUUGUUAUUGACAUUUCCAUGCAAGAUUCUAAUUAAGUUUAUUUUGCAAGACUUUCGUAUGAUAAAAAAUUGAAGCUUUUUAUUUUGAAGUUUGGAGUUUGAUUAUGGUUUGUAGUUAAUUUUGUAUGAUGAGACAUUGAAACUUUUUAUUUUGGAGUUGAACUUUGAUUAUGGUUUGUAGUUAAUUUUAUAUGAUGGAACAUUGAUAUUUUUUAUUUGGACUUUUAGCAUGGUUUGUAUUUAAUUUUAUAUGAUGAGUUA